AUGGAAUUUUUUAACACAUACGGUACAGUAUCGUCAUUUCACAAUAUUAGAACGUUGAUAAUCGUUUAUACUGAUGGUAUAUUAGGUGAUUAUGGUUAUACAAGUUGGGAAUUUCCUGAAAUGGUGACAAGAGAAAAACCCAUGAUCAAUGACUCGGACGGUAGAAAUUAUCCGUGGUAUGGAUCAUCGCAUCAAGUAGUGACAAUAAACGGUCCAAUUAAUCAUGUUAGCAAAUAUACAGUGACGAUGAGAGACUUUUUUCAUCCAUGGCUGGCGGCUAUGAACUUAGAAACAAAAGAUAUUUACAUUUUACGUACAGUUGAAUGGAAGAAAAUAAUUGAGAUAGCUGUAGAUCCAAAACGACAACGAGGAAGACGUUCGAUGUUAGUCAGUGAUCCAUCUCCUGAACAACCGAUGAUUUAUGACGAAAAUUUGCCUAUUCCAACGUGUGCUCUCUAUCCACCUACUGCUAAUUCUGCUCAAGUAUUAGUUUGGCGACCAAUUUCUGGACAUCCGACACUCGUCGUUCCACCGAAAUCAAUCGAAAUUAAUACAACAAAUUAUGCUCAUUUACCACUCGCCAGAUAUUAG